AAUUCAGGUGAGCCUCCUAAAAUAGUUUUUAAAGUAAAAUAUAUUGAAAUCAAAAAAAGAAUUUAUAAAGCAAAAAGAACCAAAAAAUUGCAUCAGAUAAAAUUGUUCAGAAUCCGUCUGGUUUUAAUUCAGGAACAGUUUAUAUUAAUGAAAAGCUAACCAAGUAUUUUUUCUAUUUAAAAAAGCAAGAGAUCUUAAAAGUUGGGGUGAAGUAAAAUUUGCAUGGGUUAAACAUAGUAGAGUGUAUAUUAGAAUAAGUGAAAAAAAGUAAAAUUAAAAAGAUUUUAACAGAUAAAGAUUUCAAUUUUAUUAAUGAGAAAUAAUGAAUUAGAUUUGACUCUACCAACCAAUGCAAAAUUUAUGCUAACAAAUAAAGUAGAAAGUGUAAAAUUUGAAAAUCACAAAAGUUUCAAGAUUUUCUAUGUUAAUGUUAGAAGCAUAAAAAAUAAAUUAGAUGACAUUAAAUAUAUUCUGGAUUGUAUAAAUGAAACUAUUCACGUAAUUAUUUUCACUGAAAUAUGGGUUUUAAAAGAUAAAAUUGAUUAAUAAAUAAUAAAAACUACAAAAAAAUAUUCGUAUGUAGAAAGAAGCGCAGAGGUGGUGGAAUUGGAAUUUUUAUUAGAAAUUCACUCGAUUAUAAAAUUUUGAAUUCUUAUAAUGACAAUAUUAACAAUAUUCUUUCACUCUCAAUCAAGUUCGCCUCAAAUCCACUAUAUCUUACUGCAGUUUAUAGGCCACCAAUAAAUGAGAAGCAAAAUGUAAAAAACCUGCUAAACGUUCUUGAUAAUUAUCUAGAAAACAUAAAUAAAAAAAAUUCAAUUAUAUUAGGUGAUUUCAAUUUCAAUAUACUUAAUGAUGAUGACAAUGAUUAUAAGUUUUGUAACACACUUCCAACUAGAAUUUCAUCAGGAACUUGUAUUGAUCAUGUACUUAAAAAUAACAUAACACAAAAAAUUAUUAUAAAUAUGAUUAAUUCAAAUUUAUCAGAUCACAAUAUUUUCUUAUUAGAACUUAAUCAGGUGAUGAAAGUAAACAAAGAAAACCAUGUCAAGUGUUGCCGUUGACAUAUAUGGAAAUAUAGCAGAAAAAUUAACAAAUUUGAUAAAAGAAAACACAUCCAUCAAAAGUACUGAUAAAGAUAGUGAAUGUAGAGAAUUGAAAAAGAAUUAUUGGCAUAAAAAGCUGUUACAAAACGAAGAUAAUGAAAUGAAUAAAAACAAAUAUAGAUACUGGCUGAAUAAAUUCACUGCUACUAAAAGAAAAAAACAAAAAGAAUAUGAUAUUAAGAAAUUUUUUAAAUGUUUGAAUAACCCACAAAAAAUCUGGAACACUAUAAAGGAAGUAAUUAAUGAUAAUAUUAUUAUUGAAAAAGAAAAUGAGUUCUACAAUGGGUGCAAAAAUAUAAAGGAUAAAACAAAAAAAAUUACUAGGUUUAAUUAUUUAUACAGCACUAUUGGAAAAGAAAUGGCUAAUAACUUUGAUUCGGUUAAUUACUACCCCAGAAUAAAAACAACCAGUAGAUUUAGAUUUGAAUACAUCACAGAAAAAAAAACAUUGAAAUUAAUGGGAUCUUUGUCAAAUACAAAGAGUGCAGGAUGUGACAUCUAUUAAUUAACACAUCUAUUAAUGAAAGUAUAGUGCCACAUGCACUUAAAGUUACAAAAAUUAUACCUAUAUAUAAAUCUGGAGAUAAAAAUGAUGUUAAUAAUUUCAGACCGAUCUCGCUAUCUUCUAUCUUCAGUAAAAUAUUAGAAACGUUUGUAAACACACAGAUAACAAAAUAUUUAACCUAUAACAUCUUGAUUUGCGAUAGACAAUACGAAUUUACUAAGAACUCUAAUAUUAAUGCGGCCUUAUUUGAUAUUAUCACUGAAAUUCAAGACUCAAUUAGCAAUAACUACAAGGUUGGAUUGGUAUUCUUUGAUUUAACUAAGGCGUUUGAUUCAGUGGAUUGUAAAAUUACUUUGAAAAUAGAAGACAAUAUACUGAAUGUGAUGCAAUAAGAAGUAAAAUUAGGUAGAUUGACCAUGGGGUAAUACAGGGUAGGUCCAACGCUGUUCUGGUGUUACGUCAGUAACUUUACAUCAAUAAUUAUAAAAUUAAAGGGUAAAUCAUAUUUCUAGUUACAAUCUAUAGAUCUAGUUAUAAUCUAUAAGGGAAUAAGCUAUGCAGAACUACAAAACAUAAUCAGCUCGGAUUUGAGGUUAAUUGAGCACUGGAUGUGCUCACAUAAAUUAAGUGUCAAUCUGUUAAAAACCAAAUACAUGUUGAUAAAAAGUAAAUCUGAAACCUUAGAAAUUAGAUAUUUUUUUUUUUUUUUCCUUCUUCACUCCUAGAAGGAGUAUAGGGCUAGUGCAUGAUUUCUCAUGCACUAGUUUCAUAGCGUCAUAAAGUUUACUAGGUAGGUGACUAGCCUGCCGUAGUUUUAUUUAUAUUAAUUAUUUGAGGUUAUUAAUAUUUACUGUUUAUUUUUCUUAGUCUUUAGUAUCGAAUAUUAUUAUUAAUAAUAAUGUUAAUAAAAUUAGAAUAUUAGAAUAUAAUAUUAUUAUUAUUAAUAAUAUUAGAAAAACACAUUAU